CGGAUGCGGCGAGGGCGCGCGCGGCGGAGCAGAUGGCAUACGAGGACGCGUGGAAGGCCUGCAACCCGGACUUCACCACGCCCUUCGCCUCCGUCGAGGACGCCGUCACCAGGCUGCUCCCGUACCACGUCUUCGCGGAUUACGAUGAGGAGGACACCUACAUCGACGCCAGCGGGACGGAGAAGUCGAGUGCGGAGAGGUGGGACAACGACGUGGCAGCCACCAUGCUGAAGCAGAUCGCGGAGUUCGAGAAGCACGUGCUGACCUUCAACGUCAUGGCCCGGCAGCGCGCCGAGGGCACCAUGCGCGGCGAGGAGCUGCUCCUGCUGGAGCGCGCCAUGAUCCAUGACGAGCAGCGUGUGUCGGAGCAGGUGCGCGUCGCGCACAUCCAGCAGCUGCAGCAGCAGGAGACCGCGCGCGCGUCGCGCCUGGCACUCGCGCAGGCGCAGGCCCAGAUCGCGAGCGCGUGGCCGCUGGUGCAGCCCACCACCCCGUCCGGUUGGCAGCAGGCGCUCGCCGCGGCGGCGGCGGCGCGCGGCGACGGGAUGCCCGCGCAGAUGGCGACGGCUCAGGGCGUGGCAAUGCAUCCGCAGCUUGAUCCUUCCGCGGCCGGCGCGUGGCUGAUGAUGCAACAGCAACAACAGCAGCAGCAGCUGGGACUGGGCGUGUGGCCAACGUUCGCGGCGCCGCACGGCGUGGGCAGCUCAAGUGGGCAGGAGCAGGCUGCCGGGGUACAGACGACGAGCGGCACGGCGGCUGGCGGGAUGGCGCAGCCGUGGUGGGCGGGUGGCGCACAAAGAAGGGAGCAGUAGGGCUCUCCUGCGUCCGUGUUGGCUUAGUAUCAAUCAGACUGAGUGACAUACAUUUUGUAUUGUAGCAUACCUGCAUGUGAUCUCUGAACUCUGUGUGGAUGUAAGAGCACCAAACAAACAGUCGAUUAUCAUAACAGAUUCUGAUGUUCAUCACCGCAAAUUGUUUGCUAAACGUUCAGACUGUGUUUCUCUUU